UUGCCCCGGGUGUGCUCGCCUUCUGCUUGAGUGGUGCGGGAGAAAUACAGUAUUAUCAGGGAAGCUACGACCACCGUAUAAACAUGGCUUUUUUUAAAAGUGGAACAUAACGCAAUUAAGCAGAAAGAAGAAUAAAUAUUAUAAGGGGGGCUGUAAAGUGCUGGACCCGCCUUUUCCUAUGUUUCCUUUUCCUCAAUAGAUGGUAUCCAGCGAACCGUCUCUGGAAGUGGAAGACGACUACUACUUGCCGAAUAAUAUGAAGGAGAUGAUCGGAGGCUGCUGCGUUUGCUCAGAUGAGAGGGGUUGGGCGGAAAACCCUCUGGUUUACUGUGACGGGCAUGGCUGUAAUGUCGCGGUACAUCAAGCAUGCUAUGGCAUUGUUCAAGUCCCCACUGGCCCCUGGUUUUGUAGAAAAUGUGAAUCCCAGGAGAGAGCAGCUAGGGUGAUUAAGGGGUGGAAGGGAAGAAAGCCCAGUCAGCAGACCCCAGAUGGAGGAGGACGAUCUGCCACCCACCACAAAGAUGCGGAGGACGAGGGACAUGCCAAAAGUUUAAAAACUGUGAAUUCUUGGAGGUGUGAGCUGUGUCCCCACAAGGACGGUGCCCUCAAGAGGACCGACAACGGAGGGUGGGCCCAUGUUGUCUGUGCUCUGUACAUCCCAGAGGUGGAGUUCGCCAACGUGUCAACCAUGGAGCCCAUUGUCCUGCAGUCUGUCCCCCACGAACGCUACAAUAAGACGUGCUACAUAUGCGAGGAGCAAGGCCGCGAGAGCAAGGCCGCGACUGGGGCCUGCAUGACCUGCAACAAACAUGGCUGCCGACAGGCCUUCCAUGUCACGUGUGCCCAGUUCGCUGGGCUACUGUGCGAAGAACAGGGUUCAGACGCAGACAAUGUCAAGUACUGUGGAUACUGCAAAUACCAUUACAGCAAACUGAAACACAAAGAGAGGGACAAACACAAACCCCGGCACAAAAGGUCCUCCGAGCCCUCCUCGUCCGUCGCUGCGGCCUUGACCGUCUCCACGGAGAAGACACAGCAGAGCUACAGCAGCGGCAGCAGCGGAGGCUCAGUGCCCGUCUCCAGCUCCCAGAAGCGGCAGGAGGACGCCGGUGCAGGACGCUUCACCAACGCCAACUUUCAGGAGGUGCCCAGUCACCCUGGGGGCGUGGCCAAGGAUGGCCCGCCCACAGAGGGCAAGAGCUCCGAGGGCAAAGGCAAGAGGACGAGCAGCCACAGCUCGGGCCAGAGGGGGCGCAAGUCUGCCACCAGCAAACCCCCCCUUUCUGCAGCGGUCUCAGCAGCGCCCCCUACUGCUACCACACCUUCCAGCAGCCCGUUUCAGCAAGGUGUGCAUUUGGCUCUGAAGUCCUCGGGCGGUGCGGCGGUGGCUCAGCCCGCUGCGGAGUUCCUCAGCUUCUCCGAGUCGGACCCGCGCAAUGACUCCUCGUACGCGCAGCCGUCCUUCGCGCGCGGCCCCGCCAAGCCGGCCGGAGAGGGCGGCGCCCCCGAGGGAGCCCCGCCUCUGAGCGCCGCCAGCGCGCUGAUGUCGCUGCCGCCGGCCCCCGCCGCCUCCGGGAGCAAGCCGGCGGAGAACUCGCGCUCGGCGUCCUCCUCCGCCGGGUACAAGCGCUCCUCCUCUUCCUCUUCCUCGGCCGCCGCACCCGGCGAGGACGGCGCCAAGGUGAAGAAGAAGCGCGGGAAGUGGAGGAACCGCUACGGGCCCUGCUGGUCCCUGGACCCCACCACCCCCCCGGAGCCCGGCCACCUGCCCCAGCCCGCCUCGGCCGCCCCGGCCCUCCCCUCCGCGAACUCGGCGCCCAGCGCCACCAACCCCAGCGGCGGCGGCGGCGGCCUGGUCCAGAAGUCCCCCUCCCUCCUCAGGAACGGAAGUUUACAGAGCCACAGCGUCAGCUCCUCACCCGCUGGACCAGGUUCCUUCUCCAGCAGUGACGCCCUGGCGCCUCUGAGUGGCAUGGCGAGCAGCUCCGGCGUAACUCUGGGCAGCGCCGAGUUACCCCAGCCGACUCCGGCCGGCCCCUCCCUGCCCAGCACCGUCUGCUCCCACUCCAGCGCAUUGCCCGGAUCUUCCUUCAACCUGGCGCCCCCCCACAUGUUCGGGAACCGGCUGAACCCCAACUCCGCCAUGGCCUCCCUGUUCACCCAGUCGGAGAGCUCCCCGGCAGACCCCGACCUGGGCUUCUCCACUUCAGGAGCGUCGCCAAAAUCGAACCUCUCCCCUCGGUCUCCUGUGAGCGGUCUGCAGAUCCGCUAUGACCCACCUGGGGCAGGUGUCCUGGGUUCGACCGCCAACGGCACAAGCUCAGCGCCCCCAGUGGCCAACAGCAUAGAGCAGCUGCUGGAGAGGCAGUGGAAUGAGGGCCAGCAGUUUCUCCUACAGCAAGGGACCUCUGGGGACUUGCUGGGCAUGCUUAAGUCUCUGCACCAGCUGCAGGUGGAGAACAGGCGGCUGGAGGAACAGAUACGGACUCUGACUGUGAAGAAGGAACGUCUACAGCUGCUGAGUGCCCAGCUUUCCGUUCCUUUCCCACCGGCUAGCUCCGCCUACACCUCCACUGGCUCCUCCUCCUCUUCACCCCGCCCACUCCCCUCCAGCACACACACAGAUGUGUUGAACAGCAGCAAAAGUCCACAGCUGGGCAGCAGCUUCUUACCAGACUCUACACUCCCUCUAGCCAUGCAGGACCCCCCCUCCGGAGGACGCAGCAGCAGCGUCUCCUCCCUCUCCACCCCUCCCUCGCUGGGCCACGACUCCCCGCAGCCCGGCCAGCAGCAGCUACAGGUGAACGGGGUGGUGGGCGGAGCCUUGCAGGCCACGCCCACCGCCACAGCACCCUCCCUUCCCGCCCUCCCUGGGGUUACGGGGCUGAUGGGGGCCAUCCAGGGCGGCCAGCUGGCCAUGAACGGCAUUGUUGGGGCCCUGAAUGGCGUAAUCCAAACCUCUCCCAGCCUGGCGCAGAGCACCACCCCCCUCCCCCACCCCGCCGCCAUGCCUGGAGUGUCCCUCACCCUGCCAAGCUCCCUGGGCAACAGCGGUGCCACACCUGCAAAGACCAGCACGGCAGGCCUGGGACUGAUCUCAGAACAGCAGAGACAGAUCCUCCUCCACCAGCACCAGCUCCAGCAACUCUUCCCCACUCCGGAGCAGCAGACACUUCUCUACCAGCUCAUGCAGCAGCAGCAGCAGCAGCAGCAUCUCUCUUCCUCUCAGCUGCCAAUCAGCAGCCUGCUCCCGGCCGCCCAGGGCGCCAUCGCCGCCAACCCUUUCCUGGCCAUGCACGCUGAGGCCGCUCAGAAAACCGCGAGGCUGGUGGAGAAGGGUGGAGCGGUGGCCGGGCAGGAGAAGAGCUGACGACUCCUCCCCAAAAGCUCCUCUCAGCAGCCGCCAUCUUAGAGCCGAGACUCGAGAUUCCCAGCGGCUGGAGAACACCCUCCCGGAGAGACGUAGAGGAGCCCCAAGCUGCACUGCACAGAAACAGAAUUCCCACUUGGCAGCCUAGGCCAGCAGAGAAGGAGAACCGACGACCAGCCGAGAGUAUCACCGUGGAAAGGGAGGGAGGAAUUGUGUGAACCUAACUCCGGUCGAACCUUGGUCCAGCAGUGGGAGGUGGCGGUAGGCUGGCUUGCGUCUUGCCGGGUCUUUUUGUUGGGGCCACUUGAUUGAACAGCAGUGCAUUCUGGGAUUCCACUUGGGCCAACACGAACACUAUAACUUGACUUAAUCGGCCCUGGUGAAUACAAAUCACGCCCUGUCGAGACAUCAGACUAAAAAUGAGUCUCUGCGAGAUUAGCGUCGCCGAGCACGGCUACCAAGGGUCCUCCAGUUGCAUUUGUCCGGAUCCUUGGCUGAGCAAACUGAUCCUGGUACAGCGGAGGGAGACGACGGAGGCCCACAAUCAGGCGUCUGCCGCCAUGGCCACUGUACUGAGAGCAGUCACUGGGCCUCCUGCCGGUCCAAUGCUGUCUGGCUGACUGUCAAAGACCCUGCCUGCGUUCUCCACCCACUUACACAACGUUUCAGCAUCACUCUGCAGCUCCGACAGUACAAUCAAAUCUGUGUUUCGAUCCGCUUUGCCUCUAUCCAAAAAAAAAGUGCAUUAGGUGUGUAGCAUUAGGUAUGUAGCAGUGCCACAGAAAGCUGACUUUGUCUGUUUUGUCCUCACCCACAAUGUGCACAAGAUUACGUAUUUGUGAAACACCCAGUUUUCCAUUUAUCAUUGAGGUCCUUUGUGUUCCUACUACUGUUUCAAUGGUGAUUUCAAAUUCGUGAUUUCAAGCUCGGGUUGCCUAGCAUACAUUUAUUUGUUUGGCUAGAUCUAGAGGACAAUCUAACUGCGUAAAGAUUUUUGAUAGCGGAGGCUCACUUUGUCCUUGUAAGUGGCUCGUUACAGCCUCAACUGUGUGCAGAGCUGAAUGCAGAUUUUUGGAUUAGAACGAGCCUGGUCAGUUUGGAAUUGCACAGUUUUACCUCGUUUGUGUAAAUAUGCGUUUCUUUCUCCUUGGUGUUGUGAUGCCACCUCAGUUUUUGUUCCAGUUUUUCCUUCAGCCUCACGGGUGACAAACUGGACACAAAGUAUUUAUUUUUAAAUAUGCAGGGAAAUCUUUUUAGAAAUCUUGCACCGUGUUCUUGACGGUGCACAUUUUGUAAUUUUUUUUUUCUUUUUUGGCAACAACUUUUCCCUUCUUUGUACAGCAUUUGACAAAUCUCAAAAAAAUUUCUAUUUCAGAAUAGCACCAAAACUGUUAUUUAUGUCUGAAGAAAAAUGUGAUUUAUACAGCUUGUAGCAAGAACCUGUUAUAUAUGGAAUCAACUUUGUAGUGUAAAGCAAUGGUUUCAAAAGUUCUAAAUUAAAGAUGAUUUACAUUACUUUAGCACUGUCGAGUUUGCUCUUUACACUGCAGGGUAAAACUUUCCUACCUCCUUCCUACUUGAAACUUGAGCCCUCGGUGUCGUGUGUCUGCUGAAGUUUGAACAGUUCUGCUUUGAUCCCCAUCACUCUGAAUUUUAUACUUCUGACUACUGAAGUACUGUGCGUACAGGACUGAAACUGCUAGGUCCUCUGAGUUUAAAAAAAAAACAGAAGCCCUUUCGAAGGCAACUUCUCAUAUUUCUAAUAUUCUGUGACCAGCAGUGAAGACUCCAAAUGUAAAAUGUACAUGAAAUGUGUUUAUUUUAGAAACAGAAGGACACAAAGCAUUUUUGGUUGCUAAAUAAAAUGUUUUCCAAGUUA